AUUCAAUAAAGUGAAUUCAAUACGCAACAUGCUGGAUGCUAGAUCUAAGUUUAUUCCAUGGCUGGGGGCAGUGAAACUACCGAACGACGAUCGUACUAGGUGUAUGGUUACACUAAUCAGCGAAUGGUAUGCUGUCGGGCCGGCACAUUGCUUCAAUACCGUUGGUGUCAUCCCUCAUAUUUUACUUGGUAAUGUCCCAAAUGAAACUCCUCUCCAGUGCACCUUUAGUACUAACAUUGAAGACUGUAUGGUUUUUGAGCAAUCGCGGAAAAUUCAAAGAAUCAUUGUACAUCCAAAGUUCGGCCCGAACAACUCUGCGGACAACAUCGCGCUACUCGAGCUGCUGAGUCCAGCAGACACUAGCCAGCCGAACGUGCAGCCUAUCUGCAUGCCGGUAACGCCCGAGCUUCGAACGAACGCAAAGACCAAUUUAAGUGUAGUGGCGAUCGCAAGGAGAGACCUCAGGCAACAAAACAUUGCCGUCCGGUUCGUGGAACCCGUUGAGUGUACGAGGCAGUACGCGGAACAGAAAAUUGAGCUUAAAUUAGAAUUCAAACGAAUGUACACCGUACAACCAAGCAAGCGGGAGGAAAGAUAUUGCUAUUCUCUGCUAGAGGGUGCACCGAUCCAUGAAAUGAAGAUAUUCGGUGGAAAGGAGCAAUACUUUCUGCGGGGGUUUGACCUGACUGGGGCGGCCUGCAAUACAGUUACACCAUCCAUUUACAACAAUAUCGAAGCAUAUGUCGACUGGAUACUAUACAACAUGAGGUACAACGAGCAAGAAGGGGCGAGCGACGGUGGAACUAUAAUCACAACUCAAGAAACACUCGAGUCAGAGUGGGAAACGUUGCAGCUGGGAAAUGAUAAAUUGCGUCUGUUUAAUAUGAAUACGUGCGGCUUAAUUGACCCCGAUAGUAUCAGUGAAUAUUUUGCAACAGGCAUGCCUUGGGUCGGGAUACUUGAAUCGCGGACGGUAACUAAAAACGAAUUUUUGGAAGAGAGAGUAGUCGUGCUCAUCAGCGAGUGGUAUGUCUUGGCGCCGAAAUAUGGUGUGCAGAAGGAUUUUAUAUGGCGAUAUAUUUUACUAGGACAAAUACAUACAUUUUUUUAAGAAUCGCACCAACGAAUAGAAAUCAAGAACAUUAUCCUCCCACCGUCCGAUCACUCCAGGCAAUUGUUUGCACUGCUCGAGCUGCUCGAACCAGCUGAUCUAACGGAUCCCCAUAUCCAACCAAUCUGUUUGCCCUUCAUGGAUGGGCUACAUCGUAACAAACCCGCGGAAGUGAUUAUGACGUCCUACCAUAAUAAUUUCGGAAGUAUCCAUGCCAACAAGACGCUGAAGAUUACCACCUACCAGCACUGCCAGCCACGGCUGUUGCACGCAGGACAGCUCAUCAGCUUCGUCACGGAGCCUCUGUGUGCAGUCGAGUCUUCAGACGAACUCAAACAAGAGUCACUGUAUUCCAAGCUGGGUAGUCCGUUUCAGCUCACAGUGCCGUACGCGGAACGGCCGCGCUACUUUCUGUACGGCAUGCAUGUCGAUGGAUCAUACAUUCUCUCUCGCCUACACCACGGUUCAUACAUAUUUCACAAGAUUGAAAAGGCAGAUCUUGCUUGGAUAGUGGACAGCGUGCGGGAAAACGAACUGCAAACUUCGUUCCCCAACAAAAUUCGCACUGAACGAGUUAACUUGAGGUCAAUACAGCAUGCUUCCGGGAGCGCUUUCUUCAACUUUUAAACCUGUGGCAUAUCGUCGAACAGCUAUCCGAUGCCAUGGAUAGGAGAUCUCAUAGUCGGUAACAAGAUUAUUUCUACAAUAAUACUCAUAAGUGACCGGUACGUUGUUAGUCGAGCAACGCAUGUUUACUCUUACGUGCCAAACAGACUUCAUGCAACAUUGGGAACUGAAACAAGAGAUGUAAAUGAUUCUAAUGUGCAAAAAAUACAAAUCGAGGAGUUGAUCGUUCAUCCACAGUAUAAUAAACUCAAUUUGGCUAACGACAUUGCGUUAGCUCGACUUACUACCGCUGUGGAUACAUCUCUGCCUAACGUGCGACCCAUCUGCUUGCCGAUCAUCGAUGCAAUUCGUAGCUAUGAUCUAUCAAGCUUGUUCAUGGAUUUUUAUGAUCCCUCAAUAAAUAAGAAGCAAUCUGACAAUGCUGCUGAUAGGUACAUCGACCAGGUAGAGUGCCAACAUCGGUGGCAAGGAUUAAUGGUUGGAUUCACCAUAGACACCUCCAAUUAUUGUGUUCUGGAACAACGCACGCUAGAGGACAACAAAUCAGUAGAAAUAAAAAAUGGCGACGUUCUUCACUCCCGGCAAAGACUAGCACUGAGUGACAGAGAGUUUCUGCGCGGGUUUGCAGUGUUUAAACCGGACCUACCAAGUAUUUACUAUCCCGCUGUUUACAUAAACACAGAUGCUUAUCUAGAUUGGAUAUUGGAAACUAUGGAGCAGCGCCCAGGGCUUCCUUUCGAUCUGCGAGAAGAGCUUAUAUUCAGCGAAAAAUAAUGCAUCUUUGCUCUCGUAAGACGCAAUACAAUCAAAAAACAAGUACAACUACAGUAAAGCAAACAAAUUUUAAGUAAACAAACAAUUUUCAUACUGGCAUUUAACGACGAGUAGCACGAUGGGCUGCUCUCCAAAACCGAUCAACGUGGGAAUACCAACCUACAUCAUGAUAGUAAUCCAGAACUCUUUUCGAGUCUUCGUAGUUAAACAGUCCUCUAGCAAUACCACAAUUCCGGCUGUAGUUCCACAAGGAAGUAUGUUGUGGGCCUCCUCACUCUUCAUGAUAUACCUGUCAGACAUACCCACUCUUCCUCAAGGUUGUGAACUGUUUCUCUUCGCCGACGACACGGCCAUAGCAGUUAAGAGAAGAACUGUAAAUGAACUCAAAAACAGAGCCCAGCAAUGCGUUGUUAUUUUAAUCAAAUACAUUCGGAAAUGGAAACUAACAUUACAUCUGUUCUCGCUUUCCUCUGUAUCUUUAUCCGGUUGCUAUGGAACGCAAUCCAUGAGAAUAGAUUGUAAUCAACUACGUCUAUAUCGUUUUCAGCUUCGUCUGAAUCGUUUUCAGUUACGUUUGGAUUGCUCUCAGUUACCUUUGGAUUGUUGUAGCGCAUGUCUGACAAAUCUGUCAAAUGUUAUUCAUUGCUUAAAAAUGGGGUUGCAACACAAGUUCUCAAUUGGGUUCAAACAUAGAAUAAUACGAAAUUGUUGCUUUUCAAAUCGUCUGUUAUGUGGAGAAUCGAGACGUACGCCGAGCGGUCACCAAAUAAACGAUGUGCCGCAACGAAAUUUGCGCGAGCUACUGCAAAAUCCAACGAUUGCUGAAAACGAUUCAGACAUAGUUGAUUGCGAUCCAUAGCAACCGGAUAAAGAUUCAAAGGAAAGUGAGAACAGGUGUGAAUGAAGACAAGGCACAGGCUAUAAUCUCACUGAGUCAAAAUAUCAAUUCUUAGACCGACAGGUAAUAGGCUAACUAUUACAGAGUUUUCCAUGAGUUCUCAUAGUUGUGGGACACUUCCUGGACUCUUUCUUACGGGAAAUGAACUUGAUAUGAUGGAAAUUGGACUACAUGGCACCCUCUGGAUUCCUACUGGAUUUGUCCAACAAGGGUGCUAUAGAGCCCAAUUCCCAUUACAUUAAGUUCAUUUCAAGUAAGAAGGAGGCAACCAAGUGUCCCACAGCUAUAAGAACUCCUGGAAACCCCUGUAAAACAGGCAUCACCCCCUAUCGAGUGGUCUUAAAAAAUUACAUAAUCUAGGAAUAAUAUUCGAUCAAAAACUACUUUUUGGAGAUGCCAUUAACAACCUAAAAACUAAAUGUAUAAUCUUUAUAAAUAAAAAAUAUAUUCACACAUUAAUAGCAGAUCCAACCUUUCGCAAGCUAACAAACCUGCGGUCUAUAAAAGCAUAGUAAUACCUGCCAUUACUUAUGGAAUUGCUGUUUGUCAAGACUGCGCAAAUAUCCAUCGAAAGUGUCUUGAAGCAAAUUUAAACCAAAUCUGGCACUCAAUAAACCUGACGGCAUAAAAGCUGAAACAAUUGCUUUCACGUCUUUCUUUCCCGUUUCUUUCGCAAAUACACAAAAAAUGCACAAAACCAACCACCACACAUCGGGCAAAUAGUGUUUAUGCGUAACA